GAAGGUAUCAUUAGAAAUGUAGUCAACGUAGAUUCAAUGUCAUACUUUGGACAUGGCAUUUCUAAUGUGUGAAAAAAUGUAAGAUCUGUUGCCAUGUACAGACAAUGCAGUCGCUUCAGUGCAUGGCAAGUCCACAAACAUUUUAAUUCGAAAGUCCUGACACCCAACCAUGGGUUGAUAGCAAAGACACGAUGCGUCUCCUCGAAAACAAACCUAAAAACAGAGGAUGACCAAGGGACAGCGUUUCCUGAACAAAUGACACAUAUAAAAUAUGCAUCAAAAGGCCUUGAAAAAUUUCCACAAAAGUACAAACAAGUGCCAUUGACAUUGUUCAUCAAAAAAUCAAAAACUCUUGUAAUGCUUGAUGAAAUCAGUGAAAAAUUUACUGUUACAUUUCCAAAAUCAGAGGAUACACUAACUGUUGAUAUUGGUCCAGAGGACUUUGCAAAACUAAAAAAUAUGUUGGAAAAGGACAAAAGAGACAGCAGUCCAGCACACAACCCUGAGUCCAUUACAGAGUGUAUUUGGCAGGAAAUGAAGACAGACAACAAUAAACUGAUGCAGUAUUACUUUAGAUUAUCAAAAAUCAGAUUAACAGGUCUGGUUGUGCUGACUGCUAUGGCAGGCUAUGCCAUGGCUCCUGCUGCCUUUGACCCCAUUGGUUUUACGAUGGUUACAUUAGGGACUGGUUUAACAUCGGCUUCUGCUAAUGCCAUUAAUCAGUUUUUUGAAGUUCCAUUUGAUUCACAGAUGAACAGGACUAAAAACAGGGUGUUGGUUCGAGGGUAUUUAAGUCCUUUACACGCUGUGACAUUUGCUGCUGUCUCUGGUUCAGUGGGGCUGGUUGUCCUGGCCCUAGGAGCCAAUCCCCUCACAGCAGCAUUAGGGGCCUUCAACCUGGGCCUCUACACCCUGGUCUACACACCCAUGAAGAGACACACCAUCCUCAACACUUGGGUAGGAUCAGUUGUUGGGGCAGUACCUCCUCUGAUGGGAUGGGCAGCUUGCACUGGCUCUCUGGACCCAGGUGCCUGGAUAAUGGCAGCCAUUAUGUUCUGCUGGCAAUUCCCCCACUUUAAUGCUCUGAGCUGGAAUUUACGACCAGAUUACUCCAGGGCAGGGUACAGAAUGAUGUCCGUGGUGGAUCCCAAUCUCUGUAAGCGAGUGGCUCUACGUCACACGGUGGGAAUCACUGGACUGUGCUUCCUGGCCCCCGUGGCGGGAUUGACCACACCCCUGUUUCCCGUCAUGUCUCUACCUCUCAACCUGUACUUUACAUAUCUAGGCUGGAAGUUCUAUCAGCAGGGAGACAGCAGCUCUUCCAGGAGCUUGUUCCGAUUCAGUCUGCUACAUAUACCAUUACUGAUUCUUCUUAUGAUUGUGAACAAACCCAGCAGGAAAAACGACUCAAAAGACUCGGGGAAAGAAUCAGUGACAGUUGUGCAGAGCAAGUUGACUUGAUUUGUUUGUUUUUAAAAUAGAAAAAAUCUGUGCAGAAUGUACUUUAACUGUGAUAAUUCAUUUUUCUUUGAAGCUGGACAAAGCACUACACUUCUAGAAUAAUAAUUGGUAUGAAAGAGGAACAUUGUUCUACAUGUAUUAAUAUUCCACAUCUUUCUCUUAACCUUGAUUAGAUCUAAAUUUCGAGAACAAUGUAUUUACUGAAAGGUUUAGACUAAGAACAGUAUGAUGGACAUUUGUUUGACACAUUCUUUACAUUUAUGAAUCAGGCAAUUGUGUAUAGUAAAUGCAUUUCUGUACCCCACGUAAAUUUUUAUUACCUGUGUUUAAAAUGUGAUUGUCUAUGGAUGAAAUGCAGCAAUGAG